UCCUUCUCUUCCUUGUCUCUUUCUAGUUAUAUCCGAAAAAACAAAAACGAAGAACGCAGAUCAAUCGUUUGAGUUUGAGAGUUUAAUCGAGAAGCAAGUAAUAUCUAAUCCGAUGUGAUCAUUAUCCACACUGAGUCUGUUCAGCAUCAGCAAUCGAAAGAGCCGAGAGUCACGAUCUGCGAACGAAGAGUUGGGUGAACCAAAUCGAUAGAGAGUUUGGUGAAACGAUGCUCCAAUCUCUUUCUAAUGGUGUUCAUUAAUGACUUGGAUGCCAUUGCUCCUGCCCGGAAAGAAGGAGGCGAAGAAUUGUCUCAGAGGAUGGUAGCUAGCUACGUUACUGAAUUUUAAUGGAUGGAAUAAGUAGGAGUGAGUGAUGGCCUUUGUAAUUUCUGCAACUAAUAGACCAGGCUUUGUGUGGGGUAUCAAUUCGUUUGACCAGUGGGAAGUUGAGCUAGGAAAAGUACUGGCUACUCAGGUGAGGAAGCAGCUUCAUUCAUCACCCACUCAAGGUACAGCUCUCGAGGGAUUCAAUUACAGUACCACCACACUUUUGUAACGAGAUCUCGAGAGAGUUGAGAGCAACAACACCAACAAGCCCACAUCAACUUGUACUCAGCACCAACAACCCAAGAGCAACUUCAACCUUCUAGUCAGCACCAACUUCAGAAGUUUCUAUAAGCGACGCUGAACACUCAACAAGUGUCACAGGAUCUCUCCUCUUCAGUCUCGUCUCGUCUCGUCGUCCCUCGUUGCCUCUUAAGAAUGGAUAGAAGAAUGGAUUUUGCUGCAUCAGCUUUUGCUAUGAUGAGUAAUUGGAGAGCAAAUCAUCCUCCUCCUUCUUCUUUCCCUCAGAGGGGUUCAAGUGUACCAGAUGUUGCAGUUUUGAAGAGUUGGAGAGAUCAUCUUCCUCCUUGUGCUUCUGUUGUCAAGCUUUCUCAGCUUACUACUGUCAACAACAACAGAAACGAAUCCUCUGUUUUCUCGUCUGGUGGAUACAGCUGGAGAUUGGUUGUAUACCCUAAAGGAAAUGAAGAAGACAAUGGAAAAGGAUUUGUGUCAAUGUAUGUGGAACUUGACAAGAGCAGCCUCUCAUCCACAUCAGCACCACCCACGGAGCUCUUUGCUUAUCUCUCUUUCUUUGUCUUUAACAAGAAAGAGAACAAGUACCUUUCAGUUCAAGAUGUGGAAGUAAAGAAAUUCGGUUCUUCAAGAACGGUCUGGGGAGUUUCUCAAGUUCUUCCAGUUGAGGCCUUCAGUGACCCUGCCAAUGGAUACAUCUUGGAGGGAGAUGAACAUGAGUUUGGUGCUCAUGUGAAGAUUGCUUCACAACCUGUCGCUGCUGAUGAAAAUCUCCCUUUUCACAAAUUCUCUUGGAGUGUUAGGGAUUUCUCUCUUCUGAAACAGAGUGAUUACGUCUCAAAAACCUUCCAAAUGGGAGAGAAAAAGUGGACUCUAACCGUGUAUCCAAAGGGAGACUCUAGCGCAGGGGGCCAAUUGUCCAGCUAUGUGCAUUUAGCUGAAGGGGAAAACUUAUUGACGGGUGAGCUGGUCAUGGUGCGAGCACAGCUGCAGGUUCUAGACCCGCGUGGAUCGAAACACCUUUCAGGAUGCCUUCAAAGUUGGGUCAUGACCUCGAACGCAGGGAGGGGCCUUGCUCAGUCCAUGCCUUUAGCUGAAAUUCAGGAGGGUUACUUGGACCAUGAAGAUACCUUGAAUGUAGAGAUGGAGUGCGAAGUUGUUAACGCCAGAAAAAACGACCCCUUCUUUUAGGGUAUCUGUUUAGCUGCUACCUCUCUCCGUCUGCGUGACGUACCUAAUCUGUUUUAUGCGAAUGUGAAGUUAACACUCUAUCUAUGUUUAGGAUAAUCUUAUUAUCUACCAUGCAUUGCAUGUAUGACUAGUCUGUUUUAUGCGUAGGGAUUGAAUGUGAUGUGAACGCUCUUGGCUCUAUCUAUGUUUAGGAUAAGCUCUUCGCUCUAUCUAUGUUUAGGAUAAUCUAAUUAUCUUAAUUCUUAUCUCUAUCUACCAUGCAUGUAUGACUACUCUGGUGUAUGCGUUUUCAUUAAUGACCUUAUUAGUUAUUUAA